AUGAAAGUGUAUUAACUUGAUGUCACCGUUUUUCUGGAAUCGUUAAGAUGAACUAUUGGAUAUUAGCUCACCUCGUUGCCACUUUCAUCAUAGUUACUCGACAAGAGGAAAUAUCUGACUGUGUUGCUGGUGAACACUAUGAUACUACAAGCAAAUCUUGUAAUCAUUGCAAGACAAGGACCUACAGUGAGGACGCAUCUAGAAACUGCCUCAGUUGUCCUGGAAACGGAAGAUGCUUUUGUGACACAACAAGACUAGAAGUGUACGCUCCGGGAGGUAAAGCUGCCCAUUCUUACAAGAAUUGCUCAGAAAAUGGAAACUUGCGUUGCUCUCUCGGUUGCUACACAGCAGCGACAAGGGCUCAUGUGGAUCCAGAAACUGGAAGCUUACAAAACUUGGCAAAUAUUUUGCCAUGCAAAUGUGAAAACCCUAAAACGAGGGAGACUUGCCAGAAAACCCAAAAAUUUGCAAGGAACUGCUUCCAAAAUGAGUGUGACGGUGGAAAGCACUACAUGAAUUCCACAACAAACGAGAUACUAUCAUCAUGCUACCAAGAUUAUAAAGAUAAAAAGUCAUGCGGAGAAGCUCAGUGUGAUGCAGUGAGGCCUUACAUACAGCGUCUAGCAUCCUGCAACUGCUAUCAUAGACAUGGUGACAUAGUGUCAAGACGUAGAAACUGCGCAGCUCUGAACGAAUUUUACGGGGAUCUGGAAAAGAACUGUCAAGUUGAAAUUGGUCUGAACUUCAGGUUUAUCAAACCUUUAGCAGGAUCAGCAGUGAUCGUCUUUUUAAUUAUUGCUGUCGGACUCGGACGCUAUUGUGCUGUAAAGUAUGGACGAAAUUUGAAGAAAAGUGGCAACCUCGGAAAAAUGAACUCCUAUAUCGAAUGGAACAAAAUAGAGGCUCUAGGUUUAGCAGGAUUUGCAAUUAAGUCGGAGAAAACUGCUAAUCUACUCUCCGACAGAGAGAUAAUCCUGAAAGCGAGGUUUGGAGUCAUGAAUGGGUUUUAUGGAGGUAAGUUCGUCAGAUCUCAGCAUGUGGUUCUAAAAAUCUUCUCAGAAUCCCAGUGUGAGCAACAUGGGAUGGAGCUUAAAGUCAUCAACUCCAUCUUCAACAAAUCACAAGCUAAAGAUUGCAACAUAAUAUCAGUGUACGGACCAGCCAGUGAUUCCAGUAACCGAGACUUAGUGCAGUUCCUCCAGUUACUCAUCUCCAAGUCGGAGAUUUGCAAGAAUUUGGUGGGCGUGAUUGAGAGAUGCUAUCUGGGAAAAACAGAGGACCAACUCAUUACUCCUCCUCGCUGCAGGUACAUUAUGAUGAACCACUGCAACGAAUUGUCGCUCUCCAAGUUCAUGUCUCACAAAGAAUGCCUAUCUCCUGCCACUGUCCUGCAGAUUUGUCGUGAUCUUGCUAAAGCACUGGACUUCCUUCACAAGAAGAACAGAAGAGGAAACCAACACAAGAUCAUCAUACACUGUGACAUAAAGCCAGACAACAUAUUCGUGAAGGCGCGUCUGAAAACAUCCUUUAUUCUGGGAGACUUUGGGUUUGCAGUGGCUUUGAGUCCUGGAGAAGUGUUCACACUGAAGGGUAGCACCCCCUCCUUCCUCCCCCCUGAAUGGUACAUUAUGAUGAACCACUGCAACGAAUUGUCGCUCUCCAAGUUCAUGUCUCACAAAGAAUGCCUAUCUCCUGCCACUGUCCUGCAGAUUUGUCGUGAUCUUGCUAAAGCACUGGACUUCCUUCACAAGAAAAACAGAAGAGGAAACCAACACAAGAUCAUCAUACACUGUGACAUAAAGCCAGACAACAUAUUCGUGAAGGCGCGUCUGAAAACAUCCUUUAUUCUGGGAGACUUUGGGUUUGCAGUGGCUUUGAGUCCUGGAGAAGUGUUCACACUGAAGGGUAGCACCCCCUCCUUCCUCCCCCCUGAAUGGUUUGUUCAACUGAGGGAUGGUGUGAGUUACAGUGACGUACAGAAACAGAACAUUACUGCACGUGCUAACUUUCCGUGUAAAAUAGAUAUUUAUCAGUUUGGACUUAUUGUCUGGCUCGCCCUUCAUAAAAAGUCAAAUGUAUGGGUGGAUGAGUUUCAGAAAAUAAAAUCGACCAAUCCCAAAAUUAAGAAGCACGAAUUCCUCCACGAAAUGUUUUCGAACCAUGAAACGUACAGUACCAGGCCCAGCUUUGCAACUAACGCAAACCCACUGUAUGGUAAGCUGAGAAAUCUUGCUCAAAUCUGUUGGCAAACACAUGUUCAACACAGACCGUCAGCUGGGGAGAUUUUAGCAAUCUUAUCUGAUAAGGACGAGGCUGUGACCCAAGUUUGA